AACAGAAGAAGAAGAAAAAACACGCCGAGCGCUACUUGGUUCCGCCCUCCCCGCCCGUGGAGCCUUCCAGAAGUCGCCGGCAGACCCGCGCGGCUCUCAGCUCAGCCACACCGCAGACUUUCGCCAUCAAAUCCCGUCGUUUCAUCCGCUGAGCACUCGCCAAGUGUCCCGACCCCACGGCCAACAUGUCCUCCAUGGGGACACUCGCGUUCGACGAGUAUGGGAGGCCGUUCAUCAUCAUCAAAGACCAGGACAAGAAGACCCGGCUAUCGGGCAUUGACGCACUGAAGUCUCACAUCAUGGCAGCCAAGGCAGUUGCGUCAACGCUCAGAACAUCCUUGGGACCCAAUGGUCUUGACAAGAUGAUGGUGGACAGGGAUGGCGAAGUGACCGUCACCAACGAUGGAGCCACGAUUCUCAGCAUGAUGGAUGUGGACCACCAGAUUGCCAAGCUCAUGGUGGAGCUGUCCAAGUCCCAGGAUGAUGAGAUCGGCGAUGGAACCACUGGAGUUGUCGUGCUGGCUGGCGCUCUCCUUGAGCAGGCUGAGCAGCUGCUGGACCGUGGAAUCCACCCAAUCAGGGUCUCCGAUGGUUACGACCAGGCUGCGCGCAUUGCCAUCGCAGAGCUGGACAGAAUUGCCGAAACCUUCCCCUUCGAUCCCACCAACACAGAACCGCUCAUUCAGACAGCCAUGACAACGCUGGGGUCCAAAGUUAUCAACCGGUGCCACAGACAGAUGGCUGAGAUCGCAGUGAAUGCCAUCCUCACUGUGGCCGAUAUGGACAGGAAGGAUGUUGACUUUGAGCUCAUCAAGAUGGAGGGCAAGGUUGGAGGCAAGCUGGAAGACACGCAGCUCGUCAAGGGAGUCAUAGUUGACAAGGAGUUCAGCCACCCUCAGAUGCCCAAGGUUCUGAAAGAUGUUAAAAUCGCCAUCCUCACCUGCCCGUUCGAGCCCCCCAAGCCCAAGACCAAGCAUAAGUUGGAUGUGACCUCUGUGGAGGAAUACAAAGCACUCCAGAAAUAUGAAAAGGAGAAGUUUGAGGAGAUGAUCAAACAGGUCAAAAGCAACGGGGCCAACUUGGCCAUCUGCCAGUGGGGCUUUGAUGAUGAAGCCAACCACCUCCUGCUGCAGAAUGAGCUGCCGGCCGUGCGCUGGGUUGGAGGGCCUGAGAUCGAGCUGAUCGCCAUAGCCACAGGAGGGCGCAUCGUGCCCAGGUUCUGUGAGCUGACACCAGAGAAACUUGGCACUGCUGGUUUGGUGAAGGAGAUCUCCUUUGGCACUACAAAGGACCACAUGCUGGUUAUCCAGGAGUGCAAAAACACCAGGGCGGUAACCAUUUUCGUCCGCGGGGGGAACAAAAUGAUCAUUGAAGAGGCCAAGCGUGCUCUCCAUGACGCUCUUUGUGUCAUUCGCAACCUGGUCAGAGAUAACCGCGUGGUGUACGGAGGCGGAGCUUCAGAGAUUGCAUGUGCCCUGGCUGUCAACCUGGCUGCAGAUAAAUGUCCAUCUUUGGAGCAGUAUGCCAUGAGGUCGUUUGCAGAUGCUCUCGAGGUAAUCCCGAUGGCAUUGGCUGAGAACAGCGGGCUGAACCCGAUCCAGACCAUGGCGGAGGUCAGAGCCAAACAGGUCAAAGACAAUAACGCUUUCCUCGGCAUCGAUUGUCUGAACAACGGCACCAAUGACAUGAAGCAUCAACAUGUGAUCGAGACCCUGAUUGGCAAGAAGCAGCAGAUCUUGCUGGCUACUCAGGUAGUGAAGAUGAUCCUCAAGAUCGAUGACAUCCGAAGCCAGGGAGAGAGCGAGGACUAGAGUCCCCCUGACCACCGUAAGGCUCAGCCAUGCUCUGGAAGCGCUUAAUGUUGUGUGCCUGUCUAGAGGUUUUAGGCACUUCCCCGAGCACCAUGUCCUAACCGCACUGCAUAUUGCUAUUUAUCAUCUGAUACAAAAUGUUCAAGCUGUUAUAAGUCACCAUUAAAAUGUUGGUCUGUUGAAAUCUCAA